CCGGGGAAGGCGCCGGGCAAGAUGGCGGCAGCGGCGGCGGGGUCGGGAGGCGAUCCUGAGGCCCCGAGUGGCGCGUCUUAGCCUCGCCAUGAGCCUCCUCCGGGGGGUCCUCUGGGGGCUGCUGUGGCUGUUUGGGGCCGGGGCCCAGGACGGGCAGCAGGAUUUCCAACCUUCGUUCAUCCACAUGUCUGGGACGAUGGUCACAGCUUCUUUGACCAACAGCCAUGCCGAUACUUUCUCUCUCGCUGUGGCAGACAACGAAACAGGACUGUUGCCCCUUUCCGACUGUAGUGGCAGAAACCGAACAGAUGACUGGAGCUUGCAAGUCACACGUCAAGGAGACGUUUCCAAGGUGACGGUGUCCUUGACUAGGCACCUGCAACUGUGUGUCUCGAACGCCACCGACUGCUGUGCGGAGCCCCUGUGCUUGCUUCAGAGUCUGCAGGUCUCAGCAUGUCAAGGGGCAAAGGUCAUGGCCCGGCUGUUAAUCCAAGCGGAAAUAUAUGCUAAUACAUCUUCAGGAAACCUAACUGGGAAAAUAGAAGUAGAGAACGCAACGAUGAUCCCCAAUCAAGUCUUCCACCCCUUGGGCUCCUGUCCCUGCAACCUCACAGCAGGAGCUUGUGAUAUUCAGUGCUGUUGUGAUGAGGAUUGUACCCCAGAGAUGAAGCAGCUUUUUGAGGGCUCCUGUUUUGAAGGGGUGUUUGGCGGGGACGUCAAUCCCCCGUUCGACCAGCUUUGCUCUGUCAAAUCCGGAAUCUUGACCCCUGACUGGUUUCCCUUCCUAUGUGUGCAGUCUCCCCUUAAUAAUUCCCCUUUCCUUGGAUACUUCUUUGACGGUUCUACUUCUUCAUCGCGAGCGUCUUCCUUGAAGCUUCCAUUGCAAACCACCCCAGGGAAACUGUCCAAUGGUUACGAGCAAGGGGACCCCAUCCUGACUCCUCGCAAUGACUAUUUUACAGUUCCACAGCCAUUCAUCGCUGGCAGCUGUGCGAGAAACGCUCCCGUUCCCUUCCUUCGGAAUAUUGAAGCCGAAUGUGUGGCUACAUGCAAGGAAGCAGAGAGAGUCGGGUCACACAUCGCGAUAAACAGCGGUGUCGGAGAUAACAUCAAAGCAAAAGUGACCUACGAGGAGAGAAAUUCUGCCUUGCUCCCUUGUCCUGGGAAAGAAUGCAGAAAUGUGAGCUUUGCCGAAGAUUACAUCAUAAUAUGGGAAGGCAAAAGAAUUAAAGAACUGAAGAUCAAAGUCCUUUAUGGAGGAAUGUGUCCAGAAGAAACGAUCACACAGAAAUUCACUGUCACGUUUGUGAGCGCUGAUGCGACGAGCAUGGAAGAAUUCUCGGGGAACCCAGGUUACCAGCUUGGCAAGCCAGUGAGAGCCGCCAACCUGACUUCGUUGGCUCCUGUGACCAGUCUAAAACUUUGGAAGCCAGUCGGCGAGAACUUGUGUUCAUCGGGAAACCUGACCCCCCUUUUAUUCGGAUUCAAUUCCAUUUCUGGAUGCAUUAUGGAAGUCAGCCUUGCAGACACCUGCACGCAGUUGAGGGGGGACGUUGCUGCAAGACUCAAUUCCUUGGUGCAAGUGAGCCACGUUGGAAAAAGAGGCAACGCCCGUAAAAAUGUCUCAGAUGAUUGGGUGGAGGUCCUCCGUUUAAAUGCAUCUUCCAGUACAAACACAAGUGAGGGAAUCUUAAGAGGCAUCUGUCCUGAUGUUCCUGCACACCUGAACAUUCAGAUCAUCACUGCCGAUGUGGGCGCUAUAGAAGGAAUCCCUCAAGAAGAGAUACUUGGGGUGCAAAUCAGUUUUUCAACAAUAACCUGGCAGGUUCCCUGUGGCCUAGCUUGUCCAGAGAACGUCACUUCCCUUCCCAUCUCUGCUGCAGUGCAGUUUAUUAAAGUACCUGCUCAGCCCCCAGUGCCAAAGACAAGAUUUCAAAUUAACUACACGGAGUAUGACUGCAGGAGAAACGACGUCUGCUGGCCUAAACUUUUUUAUCCCAUUACCCGCUAUUACACAGGAGAGCCUUAUCCUCACACCCUUGCCAAAGGCCUGGUGCUGGUUUUCUUCGUCCUCCUUGCAGUGGUUCUGAGUGGUCCUUGGAAUGGGAUCUUCAGCCUUUGGCUCAAGCGCUGAAAAGCCUUCACAUCAACCGCAAACAUUUUCAAUGGUUGUUUU